AUGAGUUUCCACGGGUUUCACCAGGCCUUAAACCUGAACCGCAGGGCCGGGUCCAAAGGCGACCUGAACGUCGGAGGGACCUACCAAUACGCCCUGAGCGAGGUCGUACACGGGGACGGCAACGGAUACGACCCCUACGUGGACGGAUACAAAAGCUACACCUGCACGAUGCCCGCCGCGGGCGCCACGGGAGGCGGCGUCAGUGGCUCCGACAUCAGUGCAGUCCACCACAGGGCCGUGUUCCUGCAGGGCCAGUGCCAGGAGUACCUGCAGAAAGCCGAAUACCUCCUUCAGUCUGGCAGCGCCCCCGGUGAUGCAGAGUGCUACAUGGCCAUGGCCAAAGACACCAUUGAGCAGCUGAAGACCUGCGCGGUAGACCUGAGACAAAUGGGACAGCCGAAUGACAACGUAGUCAGGACCUGGGAGAUGUGUAGGGACCAGCUGAAGGGUGUCCACAUGGCCAUCACAGGCACCGUGCACAGGAGGAGGAGCACCAGAGGGAGCUCGGGAGGCUGGGAGGAGCCCGGAAGGAGCUUCCAAGAUGCUCUGGCCUGGAUCGCGCAGCACAAGCGUCUGAUUGAAACUGCGUCCUGGGGAGAGGACCCUGCAGCCAUUGAGCUGCAGCUCAUCAGCCACCAGAAGUUUCACAGCUCCAUCCAGAGGAGCCCCGAGGUGGACCGAGCCAGGGAAGACCUGAUUAAAAAGGGAGACAAAGGAAAUCUUUACGCUCUGGACCAGGAAUGGGACAGUCUACAGCAAAUGUCAUUCGGUCGGACCCAGCAGCUGCAAGACCUCCAGCAGAUCCUUCAGGAAAUAUCCAAAGCCAUCAUGUGGGUGAACGACAGGGAGGAGGAAGAGCUGGUGUUUGACUGGGGAGACAAGAACAUCGACCAGUACAUCCCCAAGAAGCAGGAGAGCUACUCGAAACUGAUGAGUGCCCUGGAGGACAAAGAGAAGGAGCUGAAUAAACUGAAAUCCAGAGUGGAUGUGCUCCUGAGCAGUGGCCACCCGGCCUCAGACAAGAUCGAGGCUUAUAAAGACACCCUGCAGACUCAGUGGAGUUGGCUCCUUCAGAUUACAAAAUGCAUCGAUGUUCAUCUGAAGGAAAAUGCAGCUUACAACCAGUUCUUUAUAGAGGCCAAUGAGACGUACAGCGCCCUGCAGAGGGAACAUGAGACAGUUCGUAAGAGGUUCACCUGUGACAAGAACACCUCUCUGGAGAACCUCCUGGAGCUCCUCGGGGGACUGGAGAGGGAGAAGGAGAAGAUUAUGGAAAACAAGAGGCAGGUUCAGCAUCUGGUCAUCAAGUCAAAGAGCAUCGUGAGACUGAAACCCAGAAACCCAGAGGAGAAGAGCAGCAGCCCCAUCAUCGUCAAGGCUCUGUGUGACUUCAAACAAGACCAGAAGGUGAUCUCUAAGGGCAAUGAGGCCAUCCUGAAGGACAACAGUCAGCGCAGUAAGUGGGAGGUCACUGGCCCAGGAGGACUCGAUAUGUUGGUGCCGGCUGUGUGUCUGAUCAUACCGCCACCCAAUCCAAUCGGUGUCUGCCUGGCCAGCAAGAACGAGCAGUACUAUGAGGCCAUCCUGUCGAUCUGGAAUCAGCUGUACAUCAACGUUAAGAGUCUCAUCGCUUGGCAGUACUGUCUCCUGGAUAUCAAACGCAUCAACUCCCUCACCAUCUCCAUGCUGGCAAAGAUGCGUCCUGAAGAAUAUCGCCAAAUUAUCAAGAAUCUGGAGGCUCGCUACGAGGAGUUCAAACUGAGCAGCCAAGGCUCCCAGAUGUUUGCUGAUGAGGACAAGAGGAGCAUUGAGAACCAGUUCACCGGAGCCCAGACCCACUAUGACCAGCUGGUGGUGCAGCUGCCUACUUACAUUGCACAUCAGGAACAGAUAGAAGUACAGCAAGCAGCCGAGCAGCGACGCCAACAGCAGCUGAUUAUAAUACAGCAGCAGCAACAACAAGCUGCCGCCGAAGUGGAGGCCGGGAGGCUCGAAGAAGAGGCCAGGAGACUCGAAGAAGAACGGCGGAGAGCGGAGCUGAAAAGACCGGCAGAAAAGAAAGAGCCGGUGAAGAGGAAGGUCGUGGUGUCCUCCCGCAGUUUAUUAGAGCUACAGGCGCUCAGACUGAGGCUGGAGGGUGCUGAGGGCUCGCUGAGUCGGCACAUUCAUAUCUGCCUUGGAGACGAUGGGGUGCACGACUGUGGCCUCAGGAUCACACAGUUAGAGACGGUGCAGCGUGACAUAGACUCGAUGCGUGAGGAGUACUUACGUCUGAGGGAGCGUAUCCUUAAGGAGCUGGAGGGCAUGAAUGAUUCAGAUAAAGCCCAGUUCUUCCGCAGUGAGAUUGAACUCAUCAGCCAAAGACUGGGCAGUCUGGAGAACAGCUCUUCAGCUUACCUACAGAGGCUGCGGGCUCUAAGGGACAUGCUGGAGAGUGUGGCACGAGCUGAGGACAUAGUGAAAGUUCAUGAAGCGAGACUGGCAGAGAAAGAGACUACUUCUCUGUCGCCUAGUGAAGUGGAGGAUUAUAUAUUGACCCUGAAGAAUAUUAAAGCAGAGUUGGAUCAGAAGAAGGAUGUUCUGACCUCCAUGGAGGCAGAGUUGGCCAAGGCGAGUCACUGGAACGGCCAGGUGGGCGGACCCUUCCACAGGUGUGACAUGAUGCUGUCAAAGUACACAGAUCAGGUGGGACUGCUGUCAGACCGCUGGAGACGGAUCCAGGGACAGAUUGACACCAGAAUCCAGGAUCUAGAGCUGUAUCUGCCUCAGUUACAACACUACAAGCAAAUCAGCACCUCCCUUAUUGAAUGGAUUGAUGCCACGCGGAAAAAACAGGACACCCUGCAGGCCACCAAGAUAGAGAAUGUCCAGGCACUAGAAGACCAUAUUAACAACCAGAAGGCACUGAACACAGAAAUCAAAGCAAGGAGGGAGACAAUAGAGAGUGUCCUGAAGGACAAUGAGGCCUGUGUGAACUCUAUCAAGGACUAUGAAACAGACCUUGCCUCUUACACAUCUGGUUUAGAGACUCUGCUCAACAUCCCCAUCAAAAGGACGAUGUUGAAGUCCCCAUCGAUGGAUCUUAUUCAGGAGGCUACACAAAUACAGACCCGUUACAUGGAGUUGCUCACCCUGUCUGCUGACUACUACAGAUUCCUGGGAGAGUUGCUCAAAGACAUGGAGGAGCUCAAGAUUCGUAACACCAGGAUUGACCUGUUGGAGGAAGAGCUUCGCCUGCUGAGGGAGGAUAUCCAAGACCACCAUGCCAAGAACAAAUCACUGGAAGACACUGUCGCCCGCUACCAGCUGGAGCUGUCCCAGUCCCAGGAGCAGCUGCUGUCAAUGGAGGAGGUGAAGCGAAACACGGCGUUGCAGUGCAGCACCACCAAGGAAAGCCUAGAUACCACACAGAGCCAGCUGGCAGACCUCAACGAUCAGGUAACACGACUCAACUACUUGCUUGAGGAAGAAAAGAGGAAUAGGAGGCUGGCAGAGGAGCGCUACACUCAGCAGCAGGAGGAGUAUGAGUCAGUGCUGAGGAAGAGGCAGAAUGAGCUGGAGACGGUCAGCUGGUCCAAGAUGGAGGUGGAGAAGACUGUGGCCGAUAAGGAUCACGAGAUCGAACAGCUGCGGCGGCAGCUGGCUGAGGAAGAAGCAAGGAUUAAGGAGCUACAGAAGGAUAUAUCAAAGGUAAGGAGCCACUGUAAUGUGGAGAUCAGUAACUUAAAGCUGAGCUACGAAUCCCAGAUCCACGUCAGUCGCACAGACAUCCAGAGAUUGGAGGCCCAGAGGGAGGAGGAUAGAGCUGACCUCCAGCUGCAGUAUGACAGGAUGGAGGCAGAGAGGAGGAAUUUGGAGGAGGAGCUCAGGAGGCUCAGGAUGUCUAUCAGCCAGGCUGAGGAACAAAAAAAGAUGGCAGAGGACGAUGCUCAAAAUCAGCGUGCUGUCAUCACAGAGGAAGGGCGCAGGAGGAGAGAGCUGGAAAGUCAGGUGGAGGUGCUAAUGAGGCAGAGAGACCAGGAAAGCAGUCAGUAUAGAGGAGAGCUGGAUGAAGUCAUGAACGCCCUGCAGGAGAAGAGUGACCAGCUGGCCUAUGUCACACAUAGUCUAGAGGAGGAGACCCGCAGGAGAAAAACCAUAGAGGAAGGUCAAGGUGUGCUGGAACAGACUCUGGCCCAGCUGCAGGUGAAGCUAACUAAUUCAUCGGUGGCUGCGACCCAGCUGAGGGAGUGCAAGGAGGAGCUUCAGACGAUGCUUGUAGAGCUGGAAAGGGAGAGCAGGGAGCGAAGCAGAGUAGAACAAAACAUGAGCAGGUUACAGGGCCGCAUCAAGGACCUUCAGACUGUGAGAGAUGGGCUGGAGAGCCAGGUGGAGAAUCUGAGGAAGGCUAACCAAGAGGAAGUGGCCAGAAGAAAGCAGGCAGAAACAGAGCUGGAAAAGACCUCCAUGACCAUGACAGAGUACACAAACACCAUCACUGCGCUACGCCAGAGGCAAGAACACGCCAGCACAUCGGGGAAGAGAGGUGAGGAAGAGCGUCUUAGGUUGCAGGAUGAGCUGGAGAGAAGCAUGAGACAAAAUAAGACCUCUUCAGAGCACAUGACGCAGUUGAACGCCGAGCUAAAGGCCCUGCAGCAACAACUACUCCAGGAGCAGGCCCGAGUCAAAGAGGCAAACCUCAGGAAUGAGGGUCUUUACAGAACUAUAGAGGAAAAGAGUAAAGCACUGAAUGAGAACACUUCUGAGCUUCAAAGGCUGAAGGAGAUGACAGAAACCCAGAUCAAAGAGAGGAAGAGGCAAGAGGAGGAGCUAAGGGCAGCAAGACAUGAUAAAGAGGAGCUCCUGAGAUCCAAACAGGAAAGUGAUGAUGAGCUCUCCUCCCAGAUAACUGCCCUGGAGCUGCAGCUGCAGGCCAGUGAGCGCAGCAAUAUAGAGUACUGCAACCUGGUCUCAGAGCUCUCCUCUGAGAGGGAGAAACUCAAGCUGGAGACUGAGAGAAUACAAAAGCAGGCCACUGAGACAACAGCCACGAUGCAAGCCACUGAGUCCCAGUACAGUGAGAUUGUAAAGGAGAGAGAUGCUCUGUUGCUGAAAUUGCAAUUGUCAGAAAAAGACAGAGAUCGCUUCCAAAUGCUAGAGGAUGACCUCAGUCGCAUUAAACUGUCCCUGGAUUCUGAGCUCCAUAAUAAACAGCGUCUACAGGAGGAGAACGAGAGGGUAAAGAGGGAUUUAAGUUACUGGAAGGACCAAUAUGAUAGCAAGCAGAGCCUAAUUAGGCAAUAUGACACAGACAAUGAGUGUCUGCAGAAAGAAAAGAACUCUUUGAAAAGUGAGAUAGAGAGGCUGAUGAGGGAACUCAGGGAGCUUGAGGAGACAUAUAAAACUAGGCUGUCAGCUAUCCAGAAAGAACUGCGAGAGGUGACCAUUGUCAGACAAACCUUGGAGACUGAGCUGAAGAGAGUUAAAGAGCCCCCAACCUUUGAUGCCUCCACUGUGAUUUUUGAUGGAGUCCGCAAGCCAGUCAGAGCAAACCAGUUGCUUGACUGUGGUGUAUUGGACAACACAACAUUUAGCCAGCUUGUGAAGGGCCAUAAGACUGUCCCUGAAAUUUCUGUCAACAAAAAAGUUAGUCUAAAAGGGACAGGCCCAAUUGCUGGGGUGGUAAUUGAAGGUCCAAAAGGUCCAGGGUCCAUUACUGGACCCCUAUGUAAACUAACUUUCACAGAGGCCAAGAAAGACAAUCUCUUGCCACCAGAUAGUGUUGACCUACUACUGGAUGCUCAGGCUGCCACUGGCCACAUCAUUGAUCCGAGAACUAAUGAGAAGUUGACAGUUGAAGAGGCGUGUAAUCAAGGUGUUGUUGAUGAAGAGGACAAAGAGAGGUUGCUAGCAGCAGAAGCUGCAGCUGUAGGCUAUAGUAUUCCUGGCACAAGCAAAGCCCUUUCAGUAUUUCAGGCCAUGAAGAAAGGACUGGUUGACAAGAAAACAACACUGCGUCUGUUACAAGCCCAGGAGUCUGUGGGGGGCAUUCUAGAUCCCAUACUCAGUGUGUUCCUUCCCAAAGACACAGCCAUUGAAUGUGAUCUAAUUGAUGAUGACAUAUAUCAUGCUUUGAAUAAGAGGCCUGAGCUCUACUUGGACCCAGAAAGUGAGGAGAGUGUAACUUAUAUGUCCAUGAAGAGGAGAUGCAAGGUAGAGCCACAAACGGGCCUUCUGCUUCUUCCUAUCUCUGAGAAGACAGACCCCUCCAAGCUUGUCUUUGAUGGUGUUCGGAAACCUGUCACAGCCAAGCAGCUGCUUGAUUGUGGUGUUGUGGACAAGCCAACAUUCAACCAGCUAAUAAAGGGGGAGAAAACUGUCCCAGACGUGUCUGUGGAUAAGAAGGUCUUUCUAAAGGGGACAGGAUCAAUUGCUGGUGUUGCAGCCGGACCUUUAGGGAAAAUGUCUCUAUCACAGGCAAAGAAACAGAUGCUCAUGCCCUCAGAUAGUGCAGAUGUGCUACUGGAUGCUCAAGCUGCCACAGGCCAUAUCAUUGAUCCCACAACCAAUCAGAAGCUGACAGUAGAGGAAGCAUGUGCUAGAGGAGUGGUGGAUAUUAGGGAUCGAGAUAGACUCUUGGCAGCAGAAGCUGCUGCUUUGGGCUACCGGGAUCCUAGCACCGCGAAGCCUCUGUCAGUGUUUGAGGCAAUGAAGAAGGGGUUAAUUGAAAGGAAGACUGGGCUACGCCUGCUGCAGGCCCAGGAGUCUGCAGGGGGCAUUCUAGAUCCCGAUCUCAGUGUGUUCCUCCCUAAAGAAAAAGCUAUCAAGCGCAACAUUUUGGAUGAAGACCUCUGUUAUGUGCUAAACCAAAAUCCUGAAUAUUAUCUUGACCCAGACACUGAGCAUGAUGCCAGCUAUGGGGCUUUAAAGAAGAAAUGCAAAACAGAGUCUCACACAGGCCUGAUACUUCUUCCAGUAACUGAGAGGAAGGACCCUUCCAAAAUAAUGUUUGAAGGGCUCCGCAAGCCAGUCUCAGCGCAGCAGCUGUUUGAAUGUGAAAUCCUUGACAAGCCGACACUUAACCAGCUAGUGAGAGGGGAGAAAACUGUCCCUGGUGUGUCCGUGGAAAAGAUGGUCUAUCUGAAGGGUACUGGACCGAUUUCUGGGGUGGUAGCUGGGCGUCAAGGAAAAAUGUCAUUGUCAGAGGCCAAGAAACAGAAGCUUCUGCCUGAAGACAGUGCUUAUUUGCUGCUGGAAGCCCAGGCUGCCACAGGCCACAUCAUUGACCCUAAAACUGAUCAGAAGCUGACAGUAGAGGAGGCAUGUGCUAAAGGAGUGGUGGACACUGGGGAUCGGGAUAGGUUAUUGGCAGCAGAGGCUGCUGCUGUUGGAUACAAAGAUCCUAACACAGCCAAGCCUCUCUCAGUUUUUGAGGCCAUAAAGAAGGGACUUAUUGACAGGAAGACCGGGCUACGCCUGCUGCAGGCCCAGGAGUCGGUGGGAGGAAUUUUAGAUCCCAAUCUCAGUCUGUUCCUACCGAAAGAGACAGCUAUCAAGCGCAACCUUUUGGAUGAAAACUUCCUUCAUGCUCUAAACCAGAGUCCCGCAUGUUACCUUGACCCAGAAACUGAGCACGAUGUCAGCUAUGGGGCUUUGAAGGGAAGAUGCAAGACAGAGCCUUACACAGGCCUACAACUUUUGCCAGUCUCUGAGAAGUUUGACCCCUCCAAACUACUCUUUGAUGGUGUCCGUAAGACAGUCACAGCACAGCAGUUGCUUGAUUGUGGAGUCCUGGACGAACCAACAUUCGACCAGCUGAAGAAGGGGGAGAAAACUGUUCCAGAGGUGUCUGUUGAUAAGAAGGUCUUUCUGAAGGGGACCGGGUCAAUUGCUGGUGUUGCAGCCGGACCUUUAAGGAAAAUGUCCUUUACGGAGGCAAAGAAACAGAAAAUUAUGUCUUCUAACAGUGCUGACAUGCUCCUUGAUGCUCAGGCAGCUACAGGCUACAUCAUUGACCCCAGAACUAAUCAAAAACUGACAGUAAAAGAAGCAUGUGCCAGAGGAGUAGUGGAUAAAGAGGAUGAAUCAAAGCUGUUAGCAGCUGAGGCUGCUGCUAUAGGUUACAGAGAACCAAAUACUACCAAGCUCCUAUCAGCGGGCCAGGCCAUGAGGAUGGGAUUAAUUAACAAGGACACAGCUCUACAUAUACUUCAGGCUCAAGAGUCUGUAGGGGGUAUUUUGGACCCUGUCCUCAGUAUAUUUCUACCCAAAGACAUUGCUAUGGAUCGGGAUCUCAUAGAUGACAACCUAUACCAGGCCUUGAAUCAAUGUCCAGAAUGCUAUCUGGACCCAGACACCCAACAAGCAACCACCUAUGUAUCUCUGAAGAAAAAAUGUAAAGUUGAUCCAGGCACAGGUCUUUUGUUUCUCCCUGAACCUAAAAAGCAAUUAGCUAUCCAGGGGCUAAGGGGCAAGGUGUUGCUCACAGAUCUGUUGGAUGCAAACCUGCUGGAACAGUCUGAUAUGGACCAACUGAGCGAGGGUAGAUUGAUGAGCCAGGACAUUGAAGACCGCCUGCACUCCUACCUGAGAGGUUCCACCUGCAUAGCAGGAGUUUAUAAUGAGGCCAGUGAUAAAGUGAUGCCCAUCUAUCAGGCCAUGAAAGAUGGACUGUUGCGACCUGGGACCACUUUGGAACUGCUUGAGGCCCAGGCUGCCUCGGGUUUUAUGGUUGAUCCUGUCAGGAACCUGUAUUUGACUGUUAGUGAUGCCUAUAAUAAAAGACUGUUUGGGCCAGAGUUUAAGGACAAGCUGCUAGCAGCAGAGAGGGCUGUGACUGGUUACAAAAUGCCUGGUACAGACAAUUUUAUCUCCCUCUUCCAGGCCAUACAGAAAGGAAUAGUGGAGAAAGGCCAUGGCAUCCGUCUACUAGAGGCCCAGAUUGCCAGCGGUGGUAUCAUUGAUCCUGAACACAGCCAUCGUAUUGACGUGGAUGUAGCUUAUAAGAGAGGUUACUUUGAUGAAAAAAUGAACAAGAUCCUGACUGAUGAGGGGGAUGAUACUAAGGGUUUCUUUGACCCUAACACAGAGGAAAACUUAACCUAUCUGGAGCUUAAGAAACGCUGUAUCACAGAUAAGAAGACUGGCCUAAUCCUUUUACCUAUCAUGGACAAGAAAAAGUUAGAUUCAACUCAGAAGAACACUCUGAGAAAGACGAGAGUGGUAAUUGUGGAUCCAGAAACGAAUAAAGAGAUGACAGUACGUGAAGCAUAUGACAAAGGGUAUAUUGACUACAACACCUUCCUGGAGCUGUCACGGCAGGAGUGUGAGUGGGAGGAGAUCACUAUCACUGCUCCAGAUGGUUCUGUACGGUUUGUUAUCAUUGACACGAAGACUGGAACACAGUUUGACAUUACUGAGCUGCUUGAAAUGCAAGUAAUUGAUCAGUCAGUUCUAGAUCAGUACCGCUCACAGGCUAUCACCCUUACUCAAUUUGCGGAUAUCAUCACUAACAAGACCAAACCUGAUACAUUAUCAUUGUCAUCAUCAUCAUCAUCAUCAACCUCAAGGCCAUCAGCUGCCUCAGCUACAUCUUCAGGUACAUCAUCAUCAGUCUUGUCAAGACCCUUAUCACCUUCUCUCGCCAAGACGACCACAACAAAGUCUACCACUGUCACAGAGCAAAGUUCCACAAUCAGCAGUGUUGCUAGAGACUCACCUGACCCCCUUAAGCAUAUAUCCAGUGCGUCUAUCACUCUAGCUUCACCUGUUGAGACAGUAGGUGAUCAGGAACCCGUGGGAGCCAUCUUUGACACAGAGACUGUAGAGAAGAUAUCCAUCAUGGAGGCUCUAAAUCGUGGUCUGGUGGAUUCCGUCACUGCCCAGAGACUGCUGGAGGCCCAAGCCUGCACUGGAGGAAUCGUCAAUCCCACAAAUGGCUGUAGGCUUGGCAUCCAAGAGGCCUCCCGUCUGGGUAUAAUAAAUGAUGACAUGGCCUCUAAGCUCAAGCCUGCACAGAAAGCCUAUAUUGGCUUUGAGGAUGUAAAAACCAGGAAGAAGAUAUCUGCUGCCGAGGCCAUGAGGGACAUGUGGCUGCCAUAUGCGGCAGGACAGAGGUUCAUGGAGUUCCAGUUUGUAACAGGAGGACUUUAUGACCCGGAAAUGGGCUGUAGAAGAUCCAUAGAAGAUUCUUUGACAAUGGGCUGGCUGGAUGGGAAAUCAGCCCGGAAGCUCCAAGACAUCACACAACACACAAAGAACCUGACCUGCCCUAAGAGCAAACUUAAGAUCUCUUACAAGGAGGCUCUGGAUAAUUGCCUGCUGGAGGAAAGCACUGGGGUGAAGAUGCUCCCGGCAUCAUUUUUGUCUUCCAGAGGGAUCAGCAGUCCAUACAAUGUCUCCUCUGCCCCAGGAUCCAUCACAGGUUCUAGGAGUGGAUCACGACGAAGCUCCCGCAGGAGCAGUUUGGACCUAGGCUCCCCCACCUCUUCAUUAACCAGUCAAUACAGUCAUACUACCUUCAAAACUUUCUCCUCCACCAAUUAAAUCAAGAAAAUAAAAGGUCCUGUACGUGCAUGCUAUUUUCGUGCAAAUUGAUCAGAUCUUUUUUUAAUAUUUUCAGUGUUUGGAAAAGGACAAGAAAGAAAUGUGUGUGUUUUGUAUGACGAGAAAAAUUCAAGGUUAAUAUUUUAAAUUUUAAACUUUUUGCAUACUUUUAGAUUUUAGGUUUGGUGUUACUAUGCCUUUAAAAAUGCUAGUUCAAAUGAACAUGAGAAUAGAUACUACCAAAAUAAUUUUUGUGAAAAUGGACUUAAGUAUUAAUGGAAGUCAUCUUAAGGUAUUUGGAUUGAAAAUGAAGUGUAUGUGAAUAUAAUUGUUGGUGUCCCUAAAAUAGGUUUAGAAAUGAGGGCCAAACUCUUUUAGAAUCUUCAUAAAAUGUAAUAUCUUUUUUAGCUUUGCAUUGGAAACUUAAAGGUGGUAUUUUUAGAUCUAUUUGACAUUAAAAUAUCCCGUGUGCCUUUUUUGUGUGGGGAGGGAUGAGUGGUCGGGUUGCAUAUUUUAGCUUAACUACCCUUUUUUUACGGAAUCGGUUGUUAACCAUUGGUUUCUUGCAAUGUAGUGCUUCCAGUUUUGUAACCGUGACUCGGUAUC